ACAAUGCACGACCGCGUGGGGAGGACGGCAGAGUCGGGCUCGGAGGGAGGCGAGAUGCAGCUGACCGACCAAGCCAACCACGUUGACGGCUGGCACGGACGGCGGGUGGCGGCAGCAUCGCAACAACAUGGUUGCAGUGCGGAAGCGGCACAACUACGUACAAGAAGAUUAUCAUGGUCGGCUCCUCAUCUCCAACAUCACCAAGAGCGACUGCUCCAGAAAAAAAACCAUGGGAACGUGUUGCCCUCAGUCCUCUCUCGACAAAUCCAGCAGUGCAGGUUCUCCUAUGUGCCAAGUAUUGCCAGCGGCGAAGCCUCCAUCACUGCAGAAAUGCCCGAACUGAAGCCUGUCGGCGAGUCGGGCGUUGGGCCAACCGCUGUCGUCUGUCUACCUCCUUCACCGUGCAGAGAAGUUACCCUGUCGUGGGCUGACCUCAAGGCUCCUUCUCCAUGUUGACACAAUUGCAGGAUUAAUGUGCUACUGACCACGCAAGCUUCCUCAAGGAGCUCGUGUACAACGAUACCGAAAGGAAAAACGGCUCCAGUUUUGAACUUCUUAUUCAGUCAUGCUAUUACUGAGUGAAAAUGGAGUGAAAGUGUAUUGCAAUUGAUCUGUCUUAGACCUUGGCAAUCCUCUAUUUAGCCUGCUUGUUUUUUGGUCUGUAAUUCAAGAACUUUGAGCUUCCUAAUUCGGUUUUUUGUUAAUUUGUUAUGCCCAGUACAAACCGUUAAAUCUGAAGAGGCUUCUAAUAGCAAUAAAAUGUACAGUCAGUGUGUUGUAUGUGCCAUUCAUGUAUGAAAAAUGUGCAGUCGGUGUGGUGCAGAUGUUA